AUGAACUCAGACGAUCUCAUGUCGGACCCGGGCCAACACGCCAAUUACGUAAAGCCAUGGGCCUGGAACAACAAGAAGUACAGUGACGACUACGAGGCGCACAAGGUCCGGCUCCAGGGCCAACGCUUCAGCUCCGCGGAUUACCCCGACCCUCUCGCCCCUCGGUCACCUCACCAGAGGCAGUAUCCGAAGGGAACCGACCCUGAACUGGAGAGCAAGCUGCAAGAGUUGAUUGCUCAGGUCAAGGCCGGUGUUGCUCGCGCAGCUAGCGCUGCUACUUGA